GAAAAAAGUAUGAUGAUGGAGAUCACUUUGGACAAGAAUGUAGACACUGUGGCCAGAAAUGUUAAUGUGAUAUUAUACAGAAUGGAAGAAGAUGAAUCAAGAAUAUGGACUCAGAGAAAUGACUGCUCAAAUUUUGCUCAAAAUUGGGAACCUUUGAUACUCCAAAAAGAUAAUGAAAAGGCUGGGGCAGAGGUCAGCAGAACAAUAAGAAAAGUGAAAAUCUACAGAAGAGCUGAGAGUGAGAAUCUAGUUUCAUACCUCCAAGGCACUAUCAGGAAACUGAGGCGCUCUGCUUCAGAAACGGAAAACCGUCAGGUGUCCAGAUUGAGCUUGCAAGAUAAUUUCCAGUUCCAGGGUACUGAACAUAAAUCACAGGAUAAAGUGACUGUAAAUGUUGCUUAUCUGAAUGCAGAGGAACAGAAUAACCAAAAUCAGGAUGCUAUGUUGAAUAAGAAUAUAGCAGAAAACACUGUCAUAGAUCACAAAAAGUUUAGAGGUGUCAGUUGUGCCAGUAUGAAUGAUGCGCCAAAUGUCUGGGGCAAAGAUCUUAUAAUGUGUGUAUCAGAUGCAGCAGCAGACCCUCAGCAAGACACACCUACCUAUAACUAUGCAGCAGUUACUGCCAGGGUGGGCUGCUCACAGCAGUUAGAAGUGGGAGUCACAACUCAUGGGAAAAGCUGCAACAAGGAAGUUGGUGAAGAAGAGAAGCCCCUUUCAGUGGCAGAUGCUAGAAAAGCCUUUGAAAGCUCCAAAUCUUCCAACAAAAAAUACAUCCCUUGCAAAUCAUCAAGAGAUACAAUGAGGCGUGUGGUGCGACAAAGCAAGUUCCGUCACGUCUUUGGGCAAGCUGUGAAGAAUGACCAAUGCUACGAUGAUAUACGGGUCUCUCGUGUUACUUGGGACAGCUCUUUCUGUGCUGUCAACCCCAAUUUUGUUGCCAUAAUUAUUGAAGCAAGUGGUGGAGGGGCCUUCCUGGUGUUGCCUCUACAGAAGUCUGGAAGAAUUGACAAAUCCUACCCUACCGUGUGUGGCCACACAGGACCAGUGCUGGACAUUGACUGGUGUCCACACAAUGACAAUGUUAUUGCCAGUGGCUCAGAAGAUUGCACAGUUAUGGUAUGGCAGAUCCCGGAGAAUGGCUUGACUAUCCCACUUACAGAUGCUGUGGUUGUGCUGGAAGGACAUUCCAAGCGAGUUGGCAUUGUCACAUGGCAUCCAACUGCUCGUAAUGUAUUGCUUAGUGCAGGUUGCGAUAAUGUCGUCAUCAUUUGGAACGUGGGCACUGGAGAGGCCUUGAUAAACUUGGAAGAUAUGCACAAUGAUAUGAUAUACAGUGUUUGCUGGAACCGUAAUGGGAGCCUCAUUUGCACAGCCUCCAAAGACAAGAAGCUUCGUGUAAUAGAUCCACGAAAGAUGGAAGUGGUAUCGGAGAAAGAUAAAGCUCAUGAAGGUGCCAGGCCAAUGAGAGCAAUCUUUUUAUCUGAUGGAAACGUCUUUACUACAGGGUUCAGUCGGAUGAGUGAACGUCAGCUAGCACUGUGGAAUCCAAAAAAUCUGGAAGAGCCAAUUGCACUGCAUGAAAUGGACACUAGCAAUGGAGUUUUGCUGCCAUUUUAUGAUCCAGACACUAAUAUCAUUUUCUUGUGUGGAAAGGGUGAUAGCAGUAUUCGGUAUUUUGAAAUCACAGACGAGUCCCCAUACGUCCACUACCUCAGCACAUUCAGCAGUAAGGAACCACAGCGAGGGAUGGGCUAUAUGCCAAAGAGAGGCUUGGAUGUCAACAAGUGUGAAAUUGCCAGGUUCUACAAACUACAUGAGAGGAAGUGUGAACCAAUCAUCAUGACUGUUCCCAGGAAGUCUGAUCUAUUCCAAGAUGAUCUAUACCCUGACACUGCUGGACCCGAUGCUCCAGUAGAGGCAGAGGACUGGUUUGAUGGGAAAAAUGCAGACCCCAUCUUGAUCUCCUUAAAGCAGGGGUAUGUGCCAACCAAAGGCAGAGACCUUAAUGUGGUUAAGAAGAAUGUCCUUGGCAGCAAGCCAGCAGCCCAUAAAAAAGCCGAGCCAGCCAGCGCCCCCAAGAAGAUGACCGAAACUUCCCAACCACCUAGUGAUGGCAAGAUGGAUGACAUCAUGAAAGAGCUUCGAUCAAUGAAAGAGACCAUUAGGUGCCAAGCGGAUCGGAUCGACAAGCUAGAAGAAUUAGUUGCCAGUCUCACCAUCAAUGAUGAGUCAGAAGAAUGAGCAGUCCAUACUUCUCACUGAGCUGGAGGAUCCCACUGCCAGAUCAGAUUCCACCCAUCACAUUCCUCCAGGCCCAAAUGAUCAGCAUUCCAAAAACAAAAAAACAAAAAAAAAACAGUCCACUCCCUUUAUUUCAUUGAGACUUUCCAAAUACCCAUCCAACCAGGUGCCUCUCUUAAAACCCUAAUUGUGCCACUUCAAGUAUUGCUUGAGAGUCCAACUACUGAGGUGUCGUAAUCUACAUUUCAGCUUGUAUUUUCUUUCUUAAGCAAGACUCGUAUUCCAAAAGAAAAAAAUGUAACCAACGUUCCUCCCCCCGCCCUUACAUUAAAAGCCAAGUUUUUUUUUUUUUAUCCUUCGCUAUAAAGUGUUACAUGACAAUAUUUUCCUGAUUCCAACGUCAGUACAAUAAUUUUUUUUUUUUUUUUAAAUUAUCAUUUUGGUUCUGAAAUAGAUUUUCAGGGGAGGUGUUAUAGAGGAUGGACAAAUGCCCACACUAUUGUUUUCUUUUGCCAAAAAGACCUUUCUGUGAGGUUGUUAUAUUGGGACCAUUAUAUUUUUUAUUUUUAAUGUAAAGCAGAAAGCACUGUGUUACACUGUCUGGAGUGCAAGAAUAGUAAUUACCCAUAACAGCUUCAUGAGUUUUAUAUAAAUCUUUUUGCUAUUAUUGUGUAGAAGAGUUUCUUUUGGACUCCGUGUCUGGGUGGGGGUGUUGAGAGACCAUUUUUUAAAACAUGUAUUAAAACAGAAUGCUAUUAAAAAUCCCUGUAUGCCUCACUUUCUAAGAACAGGGGAGGCAUGUAUAUUUCA